GGCAGCACGUUUACAUGCUCUAGGGUUUUCGCCUAAAAAACGUUUUGUGUUGUAUGUGUAUGAAGAAGAGGACAAAGAAAACGUGUUCACUUGUUUUCUUCUCUCCGCCAUGGAAACACAAACGAUGAUGAAGCUUACUAAUGUAAACAUGAAGUCAGACUCGCUUCCGGUUGAUCUCGUGAUGGAGAUACUCAAACGGCUGCCGGUUAAAACCCUUAUCCGGUUCCUUUCCGUAUCUAAGCUAUGGGCUUCCACCAUCCGCAGUCGAGAUUUUAUGAAGUUAUUCCUGAACGUGUCUUUGACUAGACCUAAAGGUCUCCUCUUCUUGUUCAGACAUGGAUACUGCGGACUGGCUCUUUACCCUAAAACGCAUGAACCAUCUUCUUUUACCACUUUCCACGUGAGUUUCCACUCCUCACAAUGGUCCACCGUUUCUCCUUCUGUCCACGGUUUGAUUUGCUAUGCACAAGCCACUACACUUGUGAUAUAUAACCCUUGCACUAGACGAUCCAUUGCCUUGCCUGAGAUCGAUACAUGGAGGAGACCCAUACGCUACUACUUGGGCCAUGAUCCCAUGGAGAAUGAUUAUAAAGUGUUGUGCGCCAUGUUAGGAGGUACUCGCGAUUUAGUUAAGGAGUUUCGGGUUUUGACACUGGGAACGGAGAGCUCAUGGAAGAUGAUUGAAAAUAAUCUCAUUUCUCACGCUCCAUUCGGACGAGAGCUGUGUAUAAAUGGUGUUUUAUAUUAUCAAGGGACUGAUGCAAGGACGUAUGAUUUGACAAUCGUGAGUUUUAAUGUUAGGUCAGAAAAAAUUUAUCCUAUCAAAGGACCUAGUGGUAGUAGUGUUUUUAUGCACUUUGAGUCUUCAAAGUUGAUAAGCUACGAGGAAAAGCUAGCUGUCCUCUUCUUUGCAAAGGACGUUCGAUUGUGUGUAUUAGAAGAUGCUGCUAAGGAGGAAUGGUCGAUGAAGACUUUUGUUUUAUCUACAGCAAUCUCGGCUUUGAACGGGUAUGGAAACUCUCGAUCCACUGUGACUGACACGGGUGAGAUUAUAACUGCACCACGUUUUUUGCAUGCAUCAGUAGUUAACCUCGACUAUUAUGAUAUGAAGACAAGUAGUGAGCGAACAGUUUAUAUACUUGGAAACAAAACAGAGGAUACCGUCUAUUAUGUGGAGUCUCUCUCAUCUAACCUGGUAGAGAAUCUCAUGUUUUUGUAA